AAAGAGGGGAAACUCGAGGCGUCUUUUUAAUUUUUUCCAAAUUUCGGCAUAUACUUUUUGCUGGGGAUUAAUUUUUUUCCUGCUUUUGCACAUUUGUAAUCCCUUCUGCCUUUAGGAUUACAAUCCUGACCUUAUUCCCGGCAGGGAUGGAGGAGGCCGGCGUGGCGCGGGGCCUGUGGGAGGGCGAGGCCAAGGCGGUCCAGCAGUGCCUGACCGACAUCUUCACCAGCGUCUACACCACCUGCGACAUCCCCGAGAACGCCAUCUUCGGGCCCUGCGUCCUCAGCCACACCUCCCUCUACGACAGCAUCGCCUUCAUCGCCCUCAAAUCCACCGACAAGAGGACCGUGCCCUACAUAUUCCGGGUGGACACCUCGGCCGCCAACGGCUCCUCGGAGGGCCUGAUGUGGCUGCGCCUGGUCCAGUCCGCGCGGGACAAGGAGGAGCAGAACCUGGAGGCCUACAUCAAGAACGGGCAGCUCUUCUACCGCUCCCUGCGCAGGGUGGCCAAGGACGAGGAGCUCCUGGUCUGGUACGGGAAGGAGCUGAGCGAGCUGCUCCUGCUGGGCCCCGCCAGGACCCAAAGCAAGAUGAACGGCUCGGCGCCCUUCUCCUGCCUGGAGUGCAGCCAGCGCUUCCAGUUCGAGUUCCCCUUCGUGGCCCACCUGCGGUUCCGCUGCACCAAGAGGCUCCAGGGCGCGGAGAGCGGCAGCCCGGCUGUGGAAGAGGAAUCUCGCCCCAAGGCCGGCAGCCCCAAGGACCCCCUGGGCCCUGGAGGAGCCGGCAAGCCCCCCGCGGGCAAGCCCCCGUCGGUCCCUCCGCCCGGCCCCCGGCACCGCUUCCACGGCGGGUCCCCGGACAGCGCGCCCAGCAAGCCUUCCACCGACUUCCACAACUUGGCCCGGGAGUUGGAGAACUUCCGAAGCGGAGGAGAGCGGGGCGGCGGCGGGAGCAAGGAGGCUGUGGCGGAGGUGGUGAGCAAGGCGUCCAAGAGGAAAUACCCGCCGGAGGAGAGGCUGGAGAGGCCCGUCCCGUCCUCGCCGCAGGAGGAGCUGGUGUGCACCCCGCAGCCGCAGUUCCGCCCGGCGGGGAGUUAUUUCGGCCUGGACGAGAGCAGCCGCCUCUUCGGCCCGCCCAGCCCCGAGACCGGCGAGGCCAAGCGGAGCGCCUUCGUGGAGGUGAAGAAGGCCUCGAGGGGCAGGGAGGGAAGCGGAGGAGGCGAGGAAGAGGCGGAGAGGAGCUCUCCGGGCGGCGCGCGGGAAGAGAAGGGGCAGCAGCCACCCCAACCUCAGCAACAACAACCACACCUUUUGGGCACUCGCUCGGGCGGCAGCGCCUUCUCCACCGUGCCGCCCUCUUCGCAGUCCUCCUCGGAGGAGAGGAAGAGCGCCUUCUCGCAACCGGCGCGCUCCUCCUUCGCCUCCUCCUCCUCUUCCUCGCACGUCAAGAUGGUGGAGGCCGGAGGAGGCCACGCAGACGGGGCGGCGCGCCUUUACGCCCCGGAGCCGCUGGCGGUGAAGCUGCAGAGCGCCACGGCGGAGAUGAACUCCUCGGGGGGAGACCGAGGAGGCGGCGGAGGAGGAGGUGGUGGAGGGCUUCCCAAGCAGAGCCCCUUCCUCUACGCCGCCGCCACCACCUUCUGGCCCAAAAGCUCGACGGCUGCGUUGGCUGCGGCUGCUGCGGCGGCGGCGGGCCCCCUCCAGCUGCAGAUCCCGUCGGCGCUGACGCUGCUCCCGCCCUCCUUCACCUCGCUCUGCCUCCCGGCGCAGAACUGGUGCGCCAAGUGCAACGCCUCCUUCCGCAUGACCUCCGACUUGGUCUACCACAUGCGCUCCCACCACAAGAAGGAGUACGCGCUCGAGCCCCUGGUCAAGCGCCGCCGCGAGGAGAAGCUCAAGUGCCCCAUCUGCAACGAGUCCUUCCGCGAGAGGCACCACCUCUCCCGGCACAUGACCUCGCACAACUGAGGGGCCAGCAAGGAGGAGGAGGAGGAGAAGGACUUAGAAGGCAUGGGCAUCAAGUUUGCAGGCCACACCAAACUGGGAGGGAGAGCCAAUACUCCAGAAGACAGGAGCAGAAUUCAAAACGAUCCUAACAGAUU